GGUAGAAGCUUUGGUUAUGGUUUUAGUGGGCUCCAGUUCGAGUUUUCCAUCGAAGAGGAGAAGAAAUGUCGUUUAGGGGUGUAAAGGUACCGGCGAACUCAGCGAGCCUGGAGGAGGCAAGGGCUCGAGUGUUCGAUUUCUUCAGAUCGGCAUGCAGAUCAAUCCCUACUAUCAUGGAAAUCUACAAUCUCGAAGAUGUCGUCUCCCCCUCUCAACUUCGCACCUCCAUCGCCUCCCAAAUCCGCAACCACUCUCACAUCACCAACCCCAAGGUGAUUGACAUGUUGCUCUUCAAGGGGUUGGAAGAGCUUAACAACGUUGUGGAGCAUGCGAAGCAGAGGCAUCACAUCAUUGGCCAAUAUGUGGUCGGCCGCGGAGGGCUUGUGCAGGAUUUGGGCAUGAAGGAUCAGGGCGCGUCCAACUUCUUAAAAAACUUCUACGACAGCAACUACUUUUGAACCUUGUUUGUGUCUGGGAUGUGUCGCUUAUGGACAUGGGUAUUUUUGCAUUUGGCUUUAGAAUUAGCAAAUAAUGACGCAUUCUUUCGCAUCUUGUUGGACAAAGAUCUUUAUUUCUUUAAAGGUCACUCAUUGUGUUGGAACAAAGUGCUCAUGAGUAUGCCCGGUUGCUAGGGCACUAUAUUGAAGCAAGAAACCGGGCAUGUUAUUAUCUUUUUUGAUCAUGUGAUGGCCGUUAUGUGGUGUUUAUGUGAAUCUCUGUAAUGGAAAUGUGGUGGCGGUUAUUGUAUACUAUUUUUUUUGCGUCAAUGGGUUAUUGUAUACUAUACAAGCUUCAA